AUGUACAUGCGCAACGCACUUGUCGCGGCCGUUGGCCUGCAGUACCUCGUCGAGGGUAUCCUUGCUCAGGACAAGGUCACCUUGACCAAGACCGUCACCAAGCGCAAGUCCAGCUCCAGCGUCACUGCCGAGGAGGCCACCGAGGACAUCACCACUGUGGUUCCUACUUCCUACAUCACCGAUGGAACCACCAUCUGGGUUGACGAGACCAUCACCAUCCCCUGCAGCGCCUCUGCCUGCACUGCUACCCAGACCACUGGCUCCGUUGACGCAGAGUCCACUGCCGAGACUGCUGAUGCUGCCGGCACUUCCUCCGAGUCUAGCGCCGAUGGCAACGUUACUGAGCAGACUGCCGAUAUCACUACCGUGGUUCCUACCUCUUACAUCACUGACGGUACCACCAUCUUCGUGGAUGAGACCAUCACCAUCCCUUGCUCCAAGUGCGAGGCUACUUCGACCGCCGAGGCCGAGUCGACUGCUGAGACAGCCGAUGCCAACACCACCGCCGAGACUGCCGAUGCUGCUAGCACUUCUUCUGAGCCCGUCGACGGCAAUGUGACUGAGCAGACCGCUGAUAUCACCACCGUGGUUCCUACUUCCUACAUCACUGACGGAACUACCAUCUUCGUGGAUGAGACCAUCACUAUCCCCUGCACCAAGUGUGAGGCUACCGAGACCGGUGCUGAGUCGACCGCUGAGACUGCCGACGCCAACACCACUGGUGCUGAGUCUACUGCUGAGACCGCUGAUGCCAACACCACCACUGAGACCGCCGAUGCUGCCACUUCUUCCCUGCCUGUCGACGAUGGCAACGUAACUGAGCAGACCGCCGACAUCACCACUGUCGUCCCCACCACCUACGUCACUGAGGGAACUACCAUCACCGAGGAGCAGACCAUCACCAUCCCCUGCACCAAGUGCGCGGCUACCCAGACCACUGGCGAGGCUGAGAGCACCGCUAUUGUCCCCUCCGGUGACAACACCGCUGAGACUUCUGCUGCCUCCGAGACCCAGUCCGUUGCCAGCUCCCAGGACGCCGACGGCACCACCAGCGCUGAGGAGACUGGCGCCCAAACUGCCGGUACUGCCUCCGAUGAUGCUGAGACCAGCACUGAGGUCGAGUCCACCAUCCCCACCAGCUUCUCUACCAACAUCCUCUCCACUGGCUUCGGUGGUAGCACUGCUACUGGCCCUACUGGUCUCUUCCCCAACACCUCCAUCGCUGUUGAGACUUCCGCGGUUGCCUCUACCAUCAUCCCUGAGGAGCCCACUGUCACCACUGGUGAGGUCAAGACCUCUGGCACUGCUGUCGUCUCCAAGAUCCCCAAGCCCGUCAUCGUUGUGAUUCGCGAGGUCACCAUCUUCCACCGCACUAUCGUCAUUGGUGCUGCCUGCCCCCCUGUCAAGGCUGGCAACAGCGGCAACUACAUUGUCGGCCGUGACAGCGAGGAGAAGAGCUUCACCGAGAUUGGCGAUGCUCUCACCGACGCUUGCAACAAGCAGUUCAAGGCUUGCUCCACCAUCGCUGGCAAGAACUUCCGUGUCGCCGACUGCCAGAAGCAGCUCACCAACUGUCUCGCUGAUGCCGCCUCCACUGCCAAGGCCCCUACUCCCGUCACCAAGGAGUCCACUGAGACCGCCUCCAUCAUCCUGCCCUCCGAUGCCACCAUCACUGGCGAGUCCAAGUCUUACAUCGGUAACGGCAACGUCGUCAUCUCCACCCGCACUCUCACUGUCUCCGAGUCUUGCGAGAUCUCCGAUGGUACCCCCGUCAUCAAGGGCCCUACUGCCACUGGCGAGACUGCCGUCGAGACCACUGCUGAUGCCGAGACUACUGCUGAUGCUGAGACCACCGCUGAUGCCGAGACCACCAGCGCUGCUGAGUCUGGCGCCGAGUCCACUCAGGAUGUUGCCACCACUGAGGCUUCCGAGGAGGUUACUGGCACCCAGACUGGCAACGUCGUUACCAGCAUCACCAUGACCAACAGCAACGGCGAGGUCACCGUCACUGCCAUCACUCUCACCACUGGCCAGCCCACUGGCACCGGUGUCGUCUCCGUCCCCACUGGUGCUGACUCUACCCAGGAUGUUGCUACCACUGAGGCUACCGAGGAGGUUACUGGCACCCAGGGCGUUGAAUCCAGCGCCAUUGUCAUCACCAUGACCAAGAGCGACGGUGAGAUCAGCGUCACCUCCAUCACCCUCAGCACCGCCGGCCCCUCUGGCACUGGCGCCGUCAGCAUCCCCUCCGGACCUGGCGCCGAUGAGACCUCGGUCCCUGCCCCUGAGGCCACCGACUCCUCCGCCAUCGGCCAGGACACCACUGCUGUUCCCUCUGGCACCAACGGCGUUGUCACUGUCACUGUUGGUGGCAACACUGGCGGCAUCGUCACUGUCACCGUCGGCGGCAACACCGACGUCGUCACCCAGACCGUCACCGCCAAGGUCACCGAGACUGAGACUGUCACGGUCGGCUGCGGUGCCAACGGAUCUCAGUCUGCUGCCACCAUCAUCUCGAUCGUCACCACCUGCCCUGAGUCCACCACACUGGCUACCGCCACUUCCACGCGUGUCCCUGAGACGGUGUACGUGACCGAGACCGUCGAGUUUGCCCGCCAGACGGCCACCCCCGACACUCCCCAGCGCCUCCGCCGCAUGCUCGGCUUCUCCUGGUAA